GUCUAGAGGUAAUUUCAAGGUUUUCUCAACACAAAUAACACGCAAAACCUUUAAACUUUAAUAUAAAUAUUACACGUUAUCGAACAGAUAUAUAGGUUUGAUAAGUAAUAAAUACUACAUAUGAAAAGUGUAUAGAAGAGUGUAUAUGAGAAUGGAGAGGAAAGAAAAAAGUAACCCAUUCGAUACUGUUGGUGUUUUCUCUCGUAUAUUUUUCUGUUGGAUUUUCCCAACAAUAAAUGAGGGAAGAAAACGAGUUUUAAAGGAAAAAGAUUUAUACAAAUGUUCAAGAUAUCAUACUUCGGAGUAUCUUGGCGAUCUGCUUCAGAAAGAAUGGAACCGGGAAUUGCAGAAGAAGAAUUCGAGCAUACUGAAAGCUUUAUUACGUUUUGUUGGUUGGAAAUACUUAAUAAUUAUUCUACUUGUACUCAUUCAGAUGACAGCGUUAGUUGCCGGCCAAGCGUACUUCGUAGGAUUAAUAAUAAAUUAUUUUGAAAACAGAGAAGAACGGAAUCAAUACAACGUCUAUGCUACACUUGCGGGAUUUUUUAUUCUACUUGUGAUAUAUUUCUGUAUAUAUAAUAUUAGUUCGUUCAUAAACGAAUUAUAUGGAAUGAAGUUAAAGAUAGCAUUCUGCACUCUUAUAUAUAGAAAGUGUUAUUUUCUUAAAUGGAUCGAUGAAAUUAAAGACAAAUGCAAACUACUUACAAAAGAAUCUUUUUAG